AUUAUUCGAUUAUUCAUUGAUGCAUUAUAUCAACGCGGACACACUUCUGACUGGAAAGUCCUUAUUAAACGUAAGUCAUCAAUCUGUCAAUAUUAUAUUUUCUCUGGAAUCGCGGAUGAUAUAAACAUCGCAAUGUCUACUCUAUCUGUCAACCAAACGCUAAAUUACACUUUGUCGAAUAUCAACGAAACGUUGGUGAGGGCCGAGACAGAACGUUGUUUUGAAACUUAUAUCGUUCUUAUACCAAACACAUCGUAUAUCGUGAACAGUGCAAUUGGUUGUGUCGUAAAUGGAAUCUUAGCUGUUCUCGGGACAUUUUUGAACGCUCUCGUCGUGUCAGUUUUUUGGAAAACGGCAAAAUUACGAAAUAAAGUUACGUAUUUUAUGAUCAUGCUGCUAUGCUGCAUUGAUUUAUGCGUUACCGUGGUUGUUCAUCCAUUUCAUCUGGUCAAUUCAAUUGCAGAGAUGACUCAAACGGCACGAUGCGCCUACAAGAUGAUUUAUCACGUGUCUACGGUCAUGUUAUCUGGAAUGUCGUAUUUGACCUUUUUUGUUAUGAACGUCGAAAGAUAUCUAUCCAUUUGUAGACCGUUUUUCCACAUGAGAAACGUCACCAGGGAGCGAUGUCUCAUGACGUGCAUUUUCCUUUGGGCGGUUUGCAUUGUUACAGCAGUUGUUCCCUUGUUUGGCGUUGAUAUUCAAAUUUUCGUGACCACACUAUCGUUGAUGGUUCUUGGAGGGACAUUUUUCAUUUACGUAUCAAUCUAUCGAGUGGCAAAUAGCGGGCUAAAUUCAAGGGCAGCUCGCACAUCCAUGCACCAAAGUCAGGAUACAUACUCGGUUACUAUAGAGGAAAAUACGUCUGUGAUUGAAAGUCAUGGUCCUGGUAAUUCCACGAGCCCGAAAAAAGCCGUUUCGUUCCUUCAUGAUAUACAACUCGCUAAAAUGUACUUAAUUGUCGUGUUUUCUACUAUUCUGCUAAAUCUGCCAAAUGCCCUGGUUCUCGCCUUGUUUACCGGUCGAGUAAAAUCUGUGGAUGGGGUGGUGCAAGUGAAGAUAUGGACGCUCACGCUAGUUGCCAUGAACUCGACAUUUAACUCGCUCAUCUUCUUUUGGGCAAACGAUAGAUUGAGAGAUGAGGGCAAAAGACUGACCAAAAAGUUUUUCAAACUUAAUUAAGAAGACAUUUUCAAUUAAUAGCAUUGAGCCUUGUUUUUAACUCCCACGCUUCAAGCAGAACUCAUCAACACCUAAACAGCUGAUACGUAAACCCAUCAGUAAAUAGCACAAACUUUCUAUUGUACUUGCAGAUGUUAUUUACUGCAUAUCUCUUAUACACUGCGAUGAUUCAUGUUUUGAAGACUUCGUCCUAUAUACGCGUAAAAAGUUUAGAGAAAAAGUGAAGCAAAAUAUGUUCAAAUCGCAACUAUCACUUCACUUCUGCAAGAACUUUUGUAUGAGGCGUUGGUGAAAAGAAGCCUUUACGCGAGAAGACCCCAUACUACGUUUCGGUUUUGAUUUCGAAAAUACAAUACACUACAUUUUACAAUUGACAAACAACUACCAAUUCCCUUUCGAACAAUUGAGGAUAUAAUAACAUUUUAAAUCACUGUUGUAUUUUUGUGUCACGCGUGGAAAAUUGAAACCCAAUAAACAUGAAAAUGUUGGAGAGAAUA